CAUUACAAAGUUUUCAAAUAUUUAUUUUAAGGAAUGGAGAAUGAAAAAAAUGUUUCUAUAUCUUGUGAAAUAUCAAUGCAUAAGGCAAUGAAAAAAUGAAAAUAAAUACAAUUGCAGAGUUUUACUGAUUAGAAGGAUUAGUUCUCAUUGCAUAAAUAAUGGGUGAUAUCGAUGUUAAAGAGCUAUCAAGUCAUGAUCAUGAAGUGCUGGGAGUAGAUUUCUGCUCUGGUUACACAGACAUUUUUGGAAAAUGGAAUACAGGGUUCAACUGCCCACGUGUGGGUAAUAGUAAAGUUGUGUAUUGUUGUGGCACGGUCACAUACAAGUACUGCUGCACAAGACGAGAUCAUCAUUCAGGUUCAGGAAUUAGUCAAUCUGUGCUCUUGGGAUCUGCCCUCGGCUCCAUGGUGGUCAUUAUAUUUGUCACACUUGUUUCUUGUCUCAUAUGCAGAAGAUGCGUUCCAUAUCGAAGACAUCAUGCUUCCCUUAAUGGCGGUCCUCUCUAUGCUUUGCACUGUAGUAGCACGACAAGUGGUAUGGCUAAUGUAUAUUCUUUUCCAUGUCAAUCGUCUAUAGUGACGACACCUUUGGAUUCCUCUCAUGUUCUACUAGGCGUAGAACAACCAGAACACAUAUAUGCAGUACCCAUGAAUUCACAAAGAGGAAUUAGCAGACAUCUAAUGGCAGGGAGCAUUGCGGUACAGUGUUCAACACCAACAGAUCCUCCUCCGUCUUACACAGAAGCAAGUGCAUCAGCAGCAGCAACCAGCGUAGUAGAGAGAGCAUCUCCAAAACCUGAAAGGAACAUAUCAAAUGAAACAGAAAAAGAAGAUACUAGUUUAUCAUUACCACAAAAUCUUCGUCCCAACGUACAAGCAUCUGAGCACGAAUCAACAGACUCAGUAUCAAGAAUGUGACAGAAUUGAAUAUAAAAUCAUUCGCAGGAAUCUUAAUAAAUUACUCGAAAGAAAAUUAGAGUGAAGCUGUUGAAAGAUUUUUUUGAGUACUUAAAAGUUUGAUUGGUUUUUGAUGGUUACUUUUUUAAAGAAAAAUACAGUCAAUUAUAAGCAAUUCGUCGCGUAUAUCCUAUGCAUAAUUUUAUUAAGAAAUUCUUUGUGCCAGGAAAAAAUCCUUUAUUCCUAUAGCAUAUUAUAUGCUAUUAAAAACAUGGUCAAAUCAUGAAUAGCUAUAUAGAGCUUAUAAUGUUGAAAUAAAUAAAUUACGUGAAACAUUUUUUAUUUUAUAAAAAAUGAAAAUAAAGGUGUUUUGAA